AUGGUCGCGAUUAAGGAGAAGCUAAAAAUUGAAAUUGUUGAACAUAAUAAUGAAGUUCUUCCAAUAUUAAUUCGUGAUAUUGGGGUAAAUUUAAGAUCAGGAGAAGAUGUUGCAUUAGUUAGAUUUGAUAGUUAUGCAGAUUUACUAGCACCAAAAGACGUGAAAGCUGAUGAAAUCGGAACACUAAAUCAUCUUGUAGAUUCGAUUACGAAUCAAUCAUGGAUACUUCCAGCUGUUUAUCGAGGUUAUAUAACAAAAAUAUUUUGGUUUAAACCACCUUGGGCUCAUCAAUUUCAAGAUGGAAAAUAUCCAUUGCAAGUUGGCAAAUGUCAACAAACUGGAGUAUUAAAAGUGACUUCAACGAACCCAUAUUUUACUUCCAAUUGUGUUUAUGCAUCAAUGGAUAAACUUUCAAAUAUGCAUACAGUUGAUGUAUACGUAUCUACAACUGGCCUAGCAAAAAACUAUUCAACAAUCAUAGAAAAAUCUCAUCCAUCAAUUUACGAUAAUGAAAGUGGCAGUGAAAGUCUUGAUGCUGAUAAUCGAAAAAAACCAAAAUUAUCCAAUGACAAUAACCAUGAAGAUAGUUCAACGGUACAACGAGUAUAUCCACUUGAUGCAACACUUAUUGAUCAAUUACUUGAAACAAGACAAUUUAUCAUGGAUAUUAAUUUAUCAUUUUUUUCCACCGACGAUUAUAUUCGUAAACAAUUAGAUGAAAAUGAAUAUGAAAUUCUUCGUUAUGUUUAUACACGUAUUGUACAAGAUCGUACGGAUACUGAAAUUCAACGAUAUAUAACAGCACGUGAAAGUGCAUUAGAACAGAUUCGUACGUGUAUGGAUGAAUAUUUAACUGAACCAAAGCUCGAUCAGCCAAUACUUAUUGAUAAUCCAUAUUUAUCAGCAUUGAUCUCAAUUAUACGUUUAAAAAAAUUAGAUUGGAAACUAAUUCAUAGUUAUGGCAUGCAUCUGUCAGAUACAAGACCGCCAUUACAUGUUUCAUCAGAAGAAAUGGUUAUUUAUUUACAUGAAGCUAUGGCAAAAGUUUUACAAUCAAUUAAAAAAAACCCUAUUCUCAUUACUAUUUCAAGAUGCGUUGAUGAUGGUUAUUGUUCAUCGGAUCAAGCUGAUUUAAUUCAAAGAUAUGUUGAAAAAAAACUUCGAAAACUAUAUAAAAUCGAUGAAACUGUAGGGAAAAGUUUAUUAACGAAUGAUGAUAAUGAUGAUGAAUUCGAUGAAGAUGUUAUUAAGGAUAGAAAGUCGUUGGUUAUAUCCGAUGAUGAAAAUAGUGGUUUAUCAACAAAUGGUAGAACCAAUCGGCCACUCCUUAAAAAUGAAAAAUCUCUCACAAAUGAAACUACGAGUUCUGGUAAACAUAUAUCAUUACACAAUGAUAAUAAUGCUGCGCUUUCGCCAUCUAUAAGCACACAUAGUAGACAUUUAUCUUCACUAUCUAUCCCAUCGCCGACAAAAGGUAAUUCAUCACCAGGUGAAUUAACAAAAGCAAUGUCGCCAUCGUCACUUUCUGAAGCAUCUCCUAUAUUAGAUUAG